AUGAAAACCUCCGCUGCUACCAUUGCCAUCGCGCUUGCGACCGCGGCCGUCCCCGCUAUCGCCUAUCCUGCGACUCUGCAAACUCGCGACGGCGAGACUUGGAAGAGUGACAAGGGCGGUAACGUCAAGGUUGAGGUCGGCAACGAGUUGAUUCUCUAUGGGACCGCCUUGCCCUCAGCUACUCUCAACGCUAUUCUCGAGCAGUGUGGGGAGUUGAGUUGCAAGCCAGGAGAGCCUGUCAAGGCUAAGACUAUGCGCAUCGGCGCUGGUAAUAUGGGCCAAGAGACGGAGAUGGUUCUCACUGUUGAAGGGAGCUUCGCUAGCGCCGGAGAACCUGGCGAUAAAGCUCAUCUUGUCGAGAUGGCGAAAACAGUAAUGAGAAAGAUGUUUGACGAGGGAAAGCACAAGCUGGAACAGGACGUUCCUUACUAUACCAAGCCCUGCCAGCAGACUAAAAACGGCUGUAUCCACAAGGACAAAUUCUACGCUGAGCAAUGGCAAGCCACCGACCAUGUCAAUGUUCGGUAUGAAGACGAGAAGACGGGCUUCAAAUCCUUCCUCAAUGUCGGAUUCUCUCACCCCGAGACGGACAGCCUUGACGGCGACAUCUGUGCCGGUAUCGCUGGUAUCGGUGGCGCCAUGGCCGGUGCUAUUUCCGCAAUUCAUCCGGUAGCAGGUGGCGUGGUCUACAGAGUCGGCAUCGUCAUCUAUAGGCUCUUCUUCCACCCCCUCGCCAGCUUCCCCGGCCCCAAACUCUACGCCGCAUCCCACCUCCCCUUCCUCACGCAGAACAUGCUCUUGGGCACCUUCACAAAAGACACCGUCAAACUCCACGAAAAGUACGGCCCCAUCGUCCGCAUCUCUCCCAACCGUCUCGCCGUCGACGGCUCCCUCGCCUGGUCCGAGGUCUUCUCCAGACGGCCCCAUCAACCCGAGUACGAAAAGACGAUCGAGGCCUACGGCCUGCCCGGCCGCAUCGGCAUCUUCCCAGCCUACCGCGAUGACCACCGCCGCCAGCGCCGCCUCAUGGCGCACGCCUUCUCCGAGGGCGCCCUGACCGAGCAGGAGGGCUUCAUCAAGCACUACGUCGACCUGCUCAUCGCCCGCCUCGGCGAGCAGGCGCGCGGGGGCAACGUCCUCGACAUGACGCGCUGGUUCAACUACUUCACCUUCGACGUCAUCGGCGAACUCGCCUUCGGCGACCCCUUCUACUCCCUCGAGAAGAGCAACUACCACCCCUGGGUCGCGAUGCUGUUCCAGACCAUCAAGGCCGGCGCCAAGCUCAACUUCCUCUCGCAGUACCCCGUCCUGCGCCCGCUGCUCUUCUUCAUGAUCGACAAGAAGGACAUCGAGAAGAAGAUCGAGUCGGACAACCUGGCGCGCGAGAAGACGGACAAGAGGCUCGCCCUUGGCUCCGACACGCGCAAGGACUUCAUGACGUACAUCCUCCGCAACAACAAGGACGGGAAGGGCAUGAACCAUGAGGAGAUCCACGUCAACGCGCGGGCGCUUAUUAUCGCUGGCAGCGAGACGACGGCCACCGCGCUCUGCGGCCUUACUUUCCAUCUGACGCGCACGCCUGAGGUGUACCGUUUCCUGACGGAAGAAAUCCGCAACGCGUUUACCAGCGAGGACGAGAUCGACAUGAAGUCCACGGCACGUCUGCAGUACCUACAUGCCUGCCUCGAGGAGACUCUGCGAAUCUACCCCCCGGCCGCCGAGACGCCUCCCCGUAUUUCGCCCGGCGACUACAUCGACGGCCGCUUCGUGCCCAAGGGCACAUACAUCUCCGUCUACCAAUGGGCAACCCACCACUCCCCCCGCAACUUCACCGACCCGGACGCCUUCAAGCCGCAGCGCUUCCUGCCCGAGGCGCACCCCCUCCACGAGGCCCGCUACGCCAGCGACAACAAGGCCUCCUUCCGCCCCUUCGCGGCCGGCCCGCGCGACUGCAUCGGCAAGAAUCUCGCCUACGCGGAGAUGCGGCUCGUCGUGGCGCGCUUCCUCUGGAACUUCGACGUCGCGCUCGAGCCCGGCCAGGACGACUGGGUCGCGGGCCAGCGGGCGUUCAAUGUGUAUGAUAAGGGGCCGCUUUUGGUGAGGUUGAGGCCUAGAGAGCAUAAAUUGGUUGAGGCUUGA